AUGUCCGCUGCCGAUAUCGACCCCGCCCAGCGGCUCAAGGACCGCAAGCCGAUCCCGAAGCCCGUUCCGGCUUAUCUCGCCACGGCCGGAUCACCACUUACCGUGGACAAGGUGCUUUACGAGUCCGCGCAGAAGGCUCCUAGAGUUUUGGUGGAGGAGUUCACCUUGCCUAUUCGUUCUGGCAAGGCGUGGAAAGCGCCCGCUGGUUCGAUUGUGAGGAUUAGCACGCCUGAGGGACCUCAACGGUUCUGGGCCUCUCGCACUCGUCAGCUGCACGCAAGUCAUGUCUCUGUUGGCGACCGUCUGUGGUCAAACCUGCCGUACAUUCGUCCCUUGGUGACCAUCAUCGCGGACACACUGGCGUGGUACGGCAAGGAUGAGCAUGGCGGACGUGUGCACGACUUGCUUGGUACACGAUGUGAUCCGUACAUCAACAGCAUCCUUAGCGGAGGAAGCUACGAUUUCCAGUGCCAUUCGAACCUCACUCGCGCUGUGAUCCCUCACGGAUUGAACGAGAGCGAUGUUCACGAUGUUAUCAAUAUUUUUCAGUCAACGGGCCUGGAUGAGCAGGGACGGUAUUUCAUGAACCCCUGCCCGGCUGGACCAGGGGAUUAUAUCGAGUUCCUGGCAGAGCAGGAUGUUCUCAUGGCUUUAAGUACCUGCCCUGGAGGUGACUUGUCGCUUUGGGGUUUCGGCGAGGACAGCGAGGAGGAGAUGAUCAAGUGCUGCAGGCCGCUGAAGGUUGAAGUUUUCAAGAUCGAAGAUGAGGGAUUACUACAGCGUGGCGGAUGGAAGCCUGCAGAGGUUUCGCCUUACAAAGGAAGGCACGGAAUGAACAUUCCCCUAGGGGAGGUCCGCAGCUAA